AUGGAGGAUGACGAAGGUUACACGGUAUUGAACCUCCGGCCGAAGAGGGGAAACUCAGCCAGUCCGUCUCCAGAUGGACGCCAAGGGUCUCCUAUGAGUGCCCCUUGUUACAAAAUUGCCCUAGGAGCUUUGGGGGCCUGUUGUAUCAUACAGACGUUAGUGAUUGCACUGGGCGCUUGGAGAUGUUGUUACAAAGCUUGUCAGGGCUCCUGUCCAAAAGGAAACCCUGCAGAAAGCGACGGUGUCACUCAGAGAACCGGAAGUGGAGGAGAACGCAACGCCAGCCUGGAGGACUUGUUUUCUCGUCUGAAGCAGAGUCUGUGCGAUCCAGCCCAGAUAAGCUCAGCAGGUGGCUCCGGGUGCAAACUCUGCCCCAGCGACUGGCUGCUGCACCGGGACAAGUGCUACUGGCUGUCUAAGGAGGGUAACACCUGGAGCAAGAGCCGUGACGACUGUUCAAGGAAGGGAUCUCAAAUGCUGGUGAUCCAGGACCGGGAACAGCUGGUAACGUACAUUUCCUGUGAGAACCUGCUCCAGCUCACCACUGAUCACGUCUCUGUUCUCUUUGUUCCCUGUCUCUAUACAGCGGUUCUCAAACUUCAUUGCACCGCGACCCCCUUCUGA